UAGUGAAUGCCAGAGAGUUUCUCGAUGGCGACAGCUCUGCUGCUGAUGUGGCAGGCUACGAUGAUGGGAGCAGAGUAACCUGCAGGCUGUUAGCGAACAAGAAACAGAAGCAUAUAGUGAUAAUGGACGAGUCCUAUGACCCGCUGAAGUGUCAUGAGGACCUGGCCUCUUCGCCAGUUUGCCACAUGGAAUAUGAUGACAUGCCGGAGCUGCAGGAGGUGGAGGAAGAUCAGAGGUCUCUGGGGUUGUUUCAGGUUGCAGCAGGUGUUUCUCACCAGGAGCCAGACAGCUCCACCAACACCAACUGGCUCGCUGAGUUGGCAAAUAUUGCCACCAGCCCUCAGAGCCCACUUCUGAAAGACGUCCCACACAAGAGAUCAUCUCCAGUCCACAUCUUUGGCAACAGCAACAGUUUACAUUCCUAUGCACGUCCACCAUUAGCCAGUAGCGCCCCCAACCCUACCCGAUGUCACCUCAGGGAGCGCAGGCGUGUCAGGGCUAGCAGCGAAUCUGAGUCUGGCGUUUUCUCAAUGUCAUCAUCAUUUUCCGAUGAUGAAGACAUGGCCUGGAGUCACACUUGGCCUUCCACUGCCUGGCAUUGCUUCCUAAAAGGAACUCGACUGCGCUUCCACCGUGGUUUCAACGUUGAGUGGCAGGAAGCCGAUGAGCUCAGAGAUUCGGAUGAUGACUCUGAUGAUGAUACCAUGAUGUCAUCCUCAUUCUCUCUCAAGCGAUUUGGUGCAGACGGACUCAAGCUGGUGAGCCACGAGGAGAAUAUAUCUUUUGGCCAGGCUGUCCUCAAGCUGACCUUUGAGCCCGACUUCACUGAUUAUGGCCUUGUAACAGCAGAGUGUCGACUGGAUCACCCCUUUUUUGUCAAAAAUAAAGGAUGGUCCUCCUUCUAUCCAAGCCUUACUGUGGUGCACCAUGGGAUACCGUGCUAUGAGAUGCAACUAGGAGACGUCUGCCUUCCACCGAAUCACCCAGAUGCCAUCAAAUGUGACGACUCCGUGGUCUUUGAUACUUUCAGAAGUUACGACUUCACUCCGCUGGACUCGUCGGCCGUGUAUCUACUCAGCAGCAUGGCCCGACAGCGGAGGACCUCCCUGUCCAGCGGUGGCGCUGCAAGUCCAGACUGUGACAAACUCGAACGCUCCGCCUCGCCACAAGCCACAGGUGGCAAGUCGGGCCGAAGCCAUGCCUCAGGAACAGCCGGCGGUGCCACACCCACUAAAUGCAAGCGGCCAAUGAAUGCCUUCAUGCUUUUUGCCAAGAAGUACCGAGUGGAGUACACGCAGAUGUAUCCUGGGAAGGACAACAGAGCCAUAAGUGUCAUCCUGGGGGACAAGUGGAAGAAGAUGAAGAGUGAGGAGAGGAGGUUGUACACCAUGGAAGCCAAAGCUCUGGCUGAGGAGCAGAAACGCCUCAAUCCAGACUGCUGGAAGCGAAAAAGAACAAACUCUGGAUCCCAGCAGAUCUAGAUAAUCUCCCAGCAGCUGCUCGUGUUUGACACCAGGAGGCGCUGCAACAACGACUCUCCUGGUGCCACUUCGCUCUCCUGCAUUCUUGAGAAUCAACUGUGAUGUGGAACUCACAAGCUUUUUAUAACCAUGGACAUUUAUUGAACUGAAAGCAGUAAAAAUUGAAUUAUAAACAAAGCAUGUACUCUAGUCACUAACAAUGCAUAUAUUUUCUUAUAUCGUAUCGAUGCCAUAUUCCUCAGAGAGUUGACAGGAUUCUCGCUGGCACCCAUUUAUAUCAGGUGAUCUCACUUCAUAAUGUUCAGAAAACAAACAAAGAAAAAAAAAACAAGGUGUCGUGGUGCUAUGCUUCAAUGUAGGGAGAAGUGUAUUUAUAAUUGUACAAACAAUGAGGUUUUUAGGUAACAGUCAUCAUGCUCACUAUAUUUGUAAGAUUCCAUGUAUCGCACAGACCAGUUACCCUUUCAUGAACUUUUAUAGCAGUUUAUAUUCUGUCGCUGAUCCAAGUCCAAGCCAAGUCUUAAAGAUUGUACGUCGGCCAUAAGACCAGUGGUGUUUACUCUCAGUCAAGCGCUUCAGACUUCACUGAAUGUGCUUAAUUCCUCUUGCACUUUAUAUAAAUAUGUAAUCAUUUACAGUCAUUGUAUACGAGCAGUUUGUUUGUUUUUUUUUUAUCAUAAAGCUGGUAGUUUGCUAGUUUGCAGCAGCUCAAUUUCAGGUUGACUUUUUCAGACUGAUGUUCAUAUUGUACAGAUCUCACGACCCCUGUUGCACAAAUAUCCUUGUAUCAUAUUAUAAAUAAUUUUUAAAAUUUGUAUUUUUAUCCGAGCAACUGGUUCUGGUGUGUCAGCCAGCCGUCUUGUAUUGGUCAGCAGACGCUUUCUGUUGUGUAUAAAUGCAUGUUAACCACUGAA